AUGACUCUCCUGGGAGUCAGACACGGCGAGAAAAACAGCGGCGAGACCGAAAGUCCAUCGGAACCAUCCCAUAAUGACAGCCCGCUCCUCUGGGAUCCAUGGAAACCGUGCAGACGGCCGCGUGCGUUCGUAAAAGAGCGUCUGCUGAGACUGAGGGUUUGUCUGGGAACGCUGUGCGGCAUGGAGUGGUAUGCUUACGCUGCUCUGGGCAUCCUGACUGCCGUCCUCAGCUUCCUGAUGGACUUCAGUGUUUCAAAGCUGCUGAGAGCUCAUCAGUGGCUUUACAUGAAGCUGGAGGGCGACAUUCUGCUGAUGUUCCUCUGCUGGACUCUUUACCCAGCAUGCCUCUGUGCUCUGGCAUCAUCCUUCUCCCACAGCAUCUGCCCCUUCUCCACAGGCUCAGGGAUACCAGAGGUGAGAGCCAUGCUGGCCGGCAUCGAAAUGCCUCAUUACUUGUCUCUCACCAACAUGUUUACCAAGUUUGUGGGGCUUAUCUGCACACUGGCAGCUGGCAGCACUGUUUUCUUAGGCAAAGUGGGUCCUUUUGUGCAUCUCUCAACAAUGAUGGGAGCCUACCUGAGCCAACUCUGCACUCUCAUACAACACCCAAAAGAGGAGAAAGCAGCUGGAGAGAUGCUGGUUGUGGCGGCGGCAGUCGGAGUCGCCAGCUGCUUCGGAACCCCCAUUAGCGGUGUGCUGUUCAGUGUGGAGGUCAUGUCUUCUCACUUUGCCUUGAAACACUACUGCCCGUGUUUCUUCUCGGCCGCCUGUGGCGCCGUGACCUUCCGCCUGUUUUCAACCUGGAGCGGAGAUGAAGAGACUCUUCAGGCAUUGUUCAAAACUAAUUUCCCUUCUGCUCUCCCUUUCUACCCACUGGAAAUUCUGCUGUUUGCUUUCCUGGGGCUGCUGUGUGGAGCUGCAAGCUGCUGCUACCUCCUCUGUCAUCGACGGGUCCUCAGAUUCACCAAGACAUGGCCGGUGCUGGCCGACAUGCUGACGACACAGAGAGGCCUGUACUCCGGCAUGGGCGUCUUCUUCUUGGCAUCACUGACAUUCCCACACUCCGCAGGCCAAUUCAUGGCUUCUAAGUACACCAUGAAGCAGCUGCUCACUUCUCUACUGGACAGCGGACUGUGGUGCGCUCAAUCCCACAAUGCCUCAGUGCCGAUCGACCCUUUGUCGGAGUGGAGCCCAUCAGGGACUUCGGUCUGGCUUUCUCUGCCUUUCUUCCUGCUCAUGAAGAUGUGGAUGUUGGUUCUGGCCUGCACGCUGCCGCUGCCAGCCGGAUACUUCAUGCCAGUGUUUGUCUGGGGAGCAGCUCUGGGCCGACUGCUCGGAGAAGGAGCUGCGUAUCUGCUCAUGUUUGCUGGAGGGACGUCAGACCAGCAACAGGCUUCUAUAAAUCCAGGAGGUUACGCUCUGGCAGGUGCCGCAGCCUUCUCCGGUGCUGUGACACACACACUAUCCCCGGCUCUCCUGGCUGUGGAGCUGACGGGGCAGUUCACCCACGCCGUGCCCGUCCUCAUCAGCACCCUGCUGGCCAACGCCCUGGCACGCGCCGGGAACCGCCCGUCUUUCUACGACGCCCUCUCCCUCAGCAAGAGGCUCCCGUACCUGCCCUCCCUGAGGAAGGCCGGCCCUCGGCUGCCCUCCACGCCGAUCGGGCAGGUUUUGGGAGAGAAACCAGUGCAGCUUCAGAAAGCAGACGGGCCAGCAGAGGUUCGCCGGGCGGUCAGCAGCAGCACCGGAGCACAGAUCCCUGUUGUGGACUCACAUGAAUCACAGGUUUUACUGGGAUUCGUUCUGCGGUCAGAUCUGCUGAGGCUGUUGCGUCACCGGAGGGCCGAGAGUGGAGAGAAACGUCUGGACCAAGCCUGCUGCAUUCGCCCGGCCUCCGUCCUGCUAUCACCUCACAACACCGUUCAGCAGGCCCACACUAUCCUGAGUCUGACCGGAGCUCAGACUCUAUUUGUAGUCGACAGAGGACGGCUGCUGGGACUCGUCACAUGGCCGGAGAUGAAGAGGAUAUUAGAGGACUUGGCCAGAGAAAUUUGAGCGGCAUGAAGAAAAACAUCGUGCCAUUAUUUUAUGAGGAGAAAUUGU